UCCAAUUUCAAGAUUCCACUGAACAUCAAAAAACUAGAAGACAAUAUCUCAAUUAUUGAUUUCUUCCUCCUUAUACAAGUAAAAUUAACAAGAAGUUCAAGAAGUAGGAGAUUAAAAAUGGGCAAUCCACAUAUUCUGGUAAUACCUUAUCCAGCACAAGGCCAUGUAAUUCCAUUAAUGGAGCUCUCUCAAUGCUUAGCUAAACAUGGCUUCAAAAUCACAUUUGUAAAUGCAGAAUCUAAUCAUCAACUGAUAAAAAAUGCAUCCACAUCAAGUACAAGCAGUGAUCAAAUAAAUUUAGUUUCAAUUUCAGAUGAUGCAGUGAAGUUGUCUUCUGAUGCAGUCUUGAGAGUUAUGCCAAGCAAAGUAGAAGAGCUUAUUGAACAACUUAAUGAUAAGAUUAGUUGCAUUAUUGCUGAUCAGAGUAUUGGAUGGGCCUUGGAAAUUGCAGAAAGGAAAGGAAUUCGGCGAGCCGCUUUCUGUCCUGCUGCUGCUGCUCAGCUGGUUUUGGGAUUUAGCAUCCCAAAGUUGAUUCAAGAUGGAAUAAUAGAUGAUUAUGGAACCCCAACAAAAAAGGAGAUAGUCAGGAUUUCACCAACAAUGCCAGCGAUGAACACUGCCAAUUUUGUGUGGGCUUGCCUUGGCAACAUGGAAUCACAGAAGAAUAUUUUUAAGCUAAUGCUUAAUAACAACAAAUCUAUAAAGUUAACAGAUUGGCUUCUCUGCAACUCCAUUUAUGACCUUGAGCCUGCAGCUUUCAACUUGGCUCCACAAAUAAUUCCUAUAGGUCCAGUUUCAGAAAUCAACAGACAAAGACUCAAUUCAACCGGAAACUUCUGGGCAGAAGACUCAACUUGCCUUCGAUGGCUUGAUCAACAGAAACAACAAUCUGUCAUAUAUGUUGCGUUUGGUAGUUUUGCAGUUUUUGAUCCAAAACAAUUCCAAGAAUUGGCUUUAGGGUUGGAACUUUCCAAGAAACCAUUUCUUUGGGUUGUAAGGCCAGAUAUAAAGAGCACAAACAAUGCUUUUCUUGAAGAGUUUCGAGAAAGAGUGGGCAAUCUUGGUAAGAUAGUUAGUUGGGCACCUCAAAAGAAAGUUCUUGCUCAUAAAUCUGUUUCUUGUUUUGUCAGUCAUUGUGGCUGGAACUCCACCAUGGAAGGUGUAAGCAAUGGAGUACCUUUCUUGUGUUGGCCUUAUUUUGCUGACCAGUUCUUUAACCAGAGGUACAUUUGUGAUAUUUGGAAGAUUGGAUUAGAACUUGAUAGAAAUGAAAAUGGUAUAAUCGUUCACCUGGAAAUCAAGAAUAAGGUGGAGCAAGUAUUGGGCAAUGGGGAGUUUAGAAAAAGAGCAUUGGAUUUGAAAGAACUGGUUGUAAAUAGUGUUGAAGAAGGUGGUAGCUCUUACCAAAAUUUCAAGAGGUUCAUUGAAUGGAUGAGAGAGUAGGUAGUUUUGUUAUCAACAAACAUGAUUAGACUUCUGUCUUUUUUGUUAAAAUUUGAAUGAUUGGAUUGUGAAAUUUUCACCUAAUUUGUAUCAUCUUUGUGAGCACAACAAGACACAAAUAAAAGCGUUCAAAGUUCAGACCA